AUGGGCAAGAAGAGCACAAAGGCCCCUGCGCCCAAGAACGAUGCCGCAUCCACGCCUCCCCCGGGUCAGCUCAUGGACUUGGUAGAGAGUUUCCUCUCUGACCAUUCUUUCAAGGGCGCUGCCGACGCCUUCAAGAAGCAGAGAGAGAAGAAGGGCUGGAAAGCGACUGCUGCCACCGACGAAGAGGGUAAUCCUUCCCUUGUCAGUGUUUACCAGACUUGGGAGGCUACCCAGGGCGACGAUAGUAGCAAAUCCAGCAAGUCCAGCAAGAAGGAGUCCUCUAAGAAAGACUCCAGCAGCUCUGAUGGUAGCGACUCUAGCUCUGAUUCAAGCGACGCCAAGGAAGAAGAUGUCGAUAUGAAGGACGCCGAGUCUUCCUUGGACAGCGACAGCGACAGCAGCUCCGAUAGCGACAGCGACGAGGAGGCUGCCAAGCCUAAGGCCUCUAACACGCUGAAGCGAAAAGCUCCGGUCGACGACAGCUCCUCUGAUUCCUCUUCCGACUCUGAUUCUGACUCGAGCUCCUCCGAUUCCGAAUCUGAAUCGGAUAAACCCAAGGCCAAGAAGCAGAAGCGCGCUGCUUCCUCGAGCUCCUCCAGUGACUCUUCUUCCUCAUCCAGCGAAUCCUCCGACUCAAGCGACUCCUCCGAUUCUAGCGAUAGUGAUUCGAGCAGCGACUCAGACGACGAGAGCGCCAAAUCGGACUCUAGCUCUUCUAGCUCCGAUUCAAGCUCUGACUCGAGCUCAGAUUCCGACUCCAGCGACUCAGACGACGAGGCUGCUGCCAAGGUGCCACUUCCCGACUCCGACAGCUCCUCUUCGGACUCCGACUCCGACUCCAGCGACUCUGAGUCUGAUGCAAAGGAGACUAAGAAAGACAAGAAGAUCAAGAAGGAGAAAGAAGUUAAGGACUCUUCCGACUCUUCUGUUACGCUAGACAAGACUUCGCCCGAGUUCCAGUCAAACUCUGCUUACCCACCUCUUCCCCCGGACCCCGUUAUGAACGGUAACGGACGCAAGAAGCAGAACGAGCCUUUCUCCCGCAUUCCCAAGAAUAUCAAGGUUGACGCUAAGUUCGCUUCCAACGAAUACGUCUCUAUCGCCUAUUCCCAAAAAGCUCACGAGGAUCUGAUCGUUACCAAGGGCAAGGGCUUUACAAAGGAGAAGAACAAGAAGAAGAGGGGCAGCUACCGCGGUGGUGCCAUCGACAUCCACGAUAAGAAGGGCAUCUACUUCGAUGAUUAA